AUGGAGAUGGACAUCAGCGAAGAGGUUUCUGGCGCUGAGGAAGGAGAGGCCUCCUCCUCCCGCAACAGCGACGACAAGGAGGAGACCGAAGCCAAGGGCGCCGAGGAGAAGCAGCCGCAGCAGUCGGCGGUCCCUGAUGCAGCCCCGCCCGACGGAGUGGACGCUCCCCGCAAGAAGCCGAAUACGAAAAAGACGAAGCACAAGAAGACGCUGAACGAUGUGUGCAUGCCGAUGAGGCAGCAGGCAGAGCGCGAGAGCGGCCAGCGAGAACAUGGCGACCAGACGGGAGAGGCAGCGACCGCACCACCGGGAAACGACACCAAACUGAAGGGCUCGAGAAAGAAGGCGAAGAAGCUGCACAAGGCAAUGGAAGCUGGGAAGGCGAAGGAGGCAGUGCGGGACAGCUCGAGCAUCUCGGCGGAGACGGUCGCGACGGUCACGAUGGGCGGGCGAGAAGAAGAAGAAGAAGAGAGUGCGACGAUCGGUCUCCUGGAUCUGCCGGAGGAGGUGCUGCUCGGCGUGCUAUCAUUCCUCGCGCCGCUCGAUCUCGUGCUGGUCUCUCAGGCCUGCCGUCUGCUACAGCUCCUAAGCCGCGAGCCCACCAUCCUGCGCGCACUACGCGAGCACCAUCGCAUCCACAAGGGGAAGAAGAGGGCGAGGUUGCAACCGCUCUUCGUCCACCCGGCCUACUACGCCCUCGAACAGCCUCGCUACACGCUCAAGCAGCUCGAAAGCCUCGAGACACCCUCCGUUGUGCUGGAUCGACUGGUGGAAGACGGGUUCUUCUUUCUGAGCCUCGACGAGGCCGAUCUGCAGAUCGUGCGGGACAUGAAGGCCGCGGCGUCCCGCUUCCUGGCCUCUUCAGAGGGCCUCGACGCCAUGUCCCGACGCUCCAUGCUCUACCUCAAGACGUCGGCCGCCGGCUAUGCCGAGGCGCCCGAAAUCAAUUCGUUCCAGACAACCGUCACACACCAUCGAUGGUUUCCAUGGCCCGACGCCACGGACGAGGACAAAGCGGUAGCCACUCGCUACUGGAGGCUGAUGGGGCGCAUCACCGUAGUUCUGCUGACCAACCUGGCCAAGCACCUGGGCAUACCCAUGAGCGUUAUGGAGCUUCUCCUCUUCUCCAGGAAGAAGGUGAUGCACAGAUACGGGGACGACAGCUUCCUGGCCAGCGAUAGCGUACAUGUCCAGUGGAGCUGCGAGCUGUGCACCCUACUCAAUCCGGGCACCCGCCGCACCUGCGCGGCGUGUCAAGGCCCACGACCGCUCGCUCGACCAGAGGCGGUUUCGGCCGAUCAAGUGGAGAGCGAGCAGACGCACGGCGACGGGCAGCAGCCGCGACCGCUGAACGAAGCGGCAACAAAAGAGACCGCGGAGACGACAGCGGAGACCAUUGGAAGCCCGUUCACGCGGGAGAAGGUGGUGGCGGUGACGGACGAGGAGUUGGAUCGGCUGCUGGCGCCCACGCUCAAGUUCUACCGCUUCCGCGAGAUCGAGAAGAGACGCAAGGACGGUUGGCGCGGCCGCGACGGCAGCCUCCGCGUGUUCUCCGCCAUGACUCCGCGCGGCGCCAACCCUGCGGCCGCCGCGGCGGCCGCAGACGUCGUCGAUGUCGACCACGGGCUUGGCGCCGGCGAUGGAAUGAUUCAUCUGCUCGAAGAACCCACGCCACUCCCGCUGCCGCCACCCUUGCCGCAGCCGACUAGGGAAGAUGCCCAGCACCAACAGCACCAGCAACAGUCCACGGGCGAGCAACAGAGGAGGAAGCGGAAGGCGGACUUCAGCACGCAGCUCAACAUGAUGCCGUGCAAUGCCAUGUACAGCGACAGCGACAUGAGCAGCAGGAGCGACGAUCUCGCCCGGAUGCGGCAUCGCUUCGAAGGCAGCGAAGACGAGGCCAUCCUGGCCGACGUCAGUUACUGGAACGGACCGAUGCCGCUCACCAAGCACGAGCGACGCGAGCGCGACAGGCGCGAUAAGCGCAAGCGACGCAUCAAGAAGGCCAAGAAGGUCGCCCUCACCACCGCCUUCGUUGCCGCUGUGCCCGUAACGAUUGUGACAGCUCCCAUCUGGCUUCCGAUUGGUAAGGACUGCCCUCCUGUGCUAGCCUCGCAUACUCAACUGUACCUCGCGCCCUGGAUGGACCCGGCACUCAAGGUGGAGAUGGUGGGCGAGACCGGCGCCGUCGUGUCCACGCUCAUGCUGCUCGACGGCGGGUUCGAACCCGAUCUCCUGGUCUCGGCUGGCACCGUGGGCGGGUGGAGCGACCGCUUCAAUGUGGGCGACGUCGGCCUGUGCGCCGGCGGCCAGUCGAUCCCCUACAGCGACCGCAACAUAUCGGCCAAUGCAGGCUACCAGGCCUAUGGCUGGGGCCACUUUCCCUGCACGGCCGUGGUGCCCGAUGAGGUGCUGGCCGCCGCGGGGGUCAGGCCCGCGUUGAUCGCGACGCACCACUCGUUUGUGGCCCCGCCGGACGAGGCCGCGCGGCUGACGGCCUGGGGCGUGGAUAUGGUCGAGCAGGAGGGCGCGGCGGUGGCCCAGCAGGCCCUGUUCUAUGGCGUGCCGUUUAUGAAGGUGGGCGGCGUGGUCAACAGCUACGCCCUGCCGCACCAGAACUGCGCGGCCGACCUCUUCUUCAGCUGCUGGAAGAACACAGCCAGCAAGGUGGCCAACACCACCAUCUCCAUCAUCAAGCAGGUGGUCCACCAUAAUAUUUAA